UAUUAAUGAAAAAAGCAACCAGCAAUGGGAAACUGCCAGGCGGCGGAGACGGCGAUGCCGGCAGCUGAGAUCGAACAUCCAGACGGUAAGCACGAGAGGAUCUACCGUUCAAUCAGGGUAAGCCAUGUUAUGUCCACCAAUCCAGGCUACUACGUCGCCGUCGUCACCUGCUCCGGCGGAGCAGAAACGGCGGUGAAGUACGCGACGCUUCUUCAACCGGACGACAACCUCCAUAUCGGUCAGGCUUACCGCCUCGUCAGCUUCGAAGAGGUGUUGAGGGAGUUCUGUUCGAAGAAGAGGGUGAGGCUUAGCCGGCUUAUUCAGAGACAGAAGGAGAGGGAAGAGAGAAAGACGAGCGAGGGUGGCGCCGACGAAGUGGGCAAUAGUUCGCCGGAAAUGGUAAAGCUCGUCGUCUCUCACAAAGUGGAGAAUUGUGCUAUGAAAAUUCUUGCCUUUUUUUCCUUUUAA